AUGUCUGGUUCAGCUACUGCCCUACGACAAGAGAGACUGAAGAAAAGUGCCAGGACAAAUCCCCUGGGUUUAUUCACCAUUAAUGAAGAGGAUGAGCAGCAAAAGAAUGAGAAUUCCAAAAGACUGAAAGAUCAUCCAACAAUACUAAAGGUUGAUGACAGGCAACGGCUUGCUAGAGAACGAAGACAAGAACGAGAAAAACAACUAGCUGCAAGAGAAUCAGUCUGGUUAGAAAGAGAAGAGAGAGCCCGGCAACACUAUGAAAAACACUUAGAGGAACGCAGGAAGAAGCUAGAAGAGCAAAGAUUAAAGGAAGAGAGAAGGCGAGCUGCUGUAGAGGAAAAGCGAAGGCAGAGAUUAGAAGAAGAUAAGGAACGACAUGAAGCUGUUGUACGUCGCACAAUUGAAAGAAGCCAGAAGCCAAAACAAAAGCAAAACAGGUGGUCCUGGGGAGGAGCACUGCAUAACCGCAUUAAUCACACAGAUCCAGACAGGCGGUCUGUUUCAACAAUGAACCUUUCGAAACAUGUUGAUCCAGUCAUUAACAAGCGGCUCUCCUCCUCAUCUGCAACAUUACUAAAUUCUCCAGACAGAGCUCGCCGCCUACAGCUCAGUCCAUGGGAGAGCAGCAUUGUUAGCAGGCUCCUGACGCCCACUCACUCGUUCCUGGCCCGAAGUAAAAGCACCGCUGCGCUGUCUGGAGAUGCAGUUAUCCCCAUUUGUCCCCGUUCAGCAUCUUGCAGCCCCAUCAGUCCUCUGUCCUACAAGGCCAUGAACUGUAGGAAUCCAGGAGAACGAGCAAAACUUUAUGCCUCUACUGAUGCUGUCGGAUAUAGGAGAACAACUCAUCUUGCAGGG